GGAAUUGGUCUUGCCGGAUGGAAGCUGCGGGGGCGGGACCAGGCGGAGCCUGGAUCGACGCAGAACAAGAUCCGAGUGUUUGCAGUGGUGCUGCCCCACCCCUGGUCCCCGGGAUCCUGGAGGGGCCCGGCUGUGCUGCUGCGAGGGCCCUAGGAGGUUGAAAGCUAAGCAUGGGGAAGAGCUGCAAGGUGGUCGUGUGUGGCCAGGCUUCUGUAGGCAAGACUUCAAUCCUGGAGCAGCUUCUGUACGGAAACCAUGUGGUGGGUUCUGAGAUGAUCGAGACGCAGGAGGACAUCUAUGUGGGCUCCAUUGAGACUGACCGGGGGGUCCGGGAGCAGGUGCGUUUCUACGACACCCGGGGGCUCCGAGACGGGGCCGAGUUGCCCCGGCACUGCUUCUCCUGCACUGACGGCUAUGUCCUGGUCUACAGCACGGACAGCCGGGAGUCCUUUCAGCGCGUGGAGCUGCUCAAGAAGGAGAUUGACAAAUCCAAGGACAAGAAGGAGGUCACCAUUGUGGUCCUCGGCAACAAGUGUGACCUGCAGGAGCAGCGGCGUGUAGACCCGGACGUGGCUCAGCACUGGGCCAAGUCGGAGAAGGUGAAGCUGUGGGAGGUGUCAGUGGCUGACCGCCGGUCACUGCUGGAGCCCUUCGUCUACCUGGCCAGCAAGAUGACCCAGCCCCAGAGCAAGUCUGCCUUCCCCCUCAGCCGCAAGAACAAGGGCAGCGGCUCCUUGGAUGGCUGAAGUGGUGCCUUCCCAGCCCUGGAAGAUGGGCUGGGGGGAACGGGGGGGUUUAGGUGAGCUUUGCUUCCCAGUCAAGGUGGGGAGCUCACCACUAGGCCAGGCAGCUGGGCUGUCCCAGGCUCAGGUCGCUUUUGCUCCCUCCCAGCUCUGGGAAUUGCUGACAGUCUAGGUUAGCACCGCCAACCCCCCAGCCCGCAUCAUAUCUGCCCUGCGGUGACUGGGGUGGUUGUGGGUCACUGUACUUUUACCUGCCAGGAGAGGAAGCAGAGCUCUAUGCAGAAGCGCCGCAUCUAGGGUCUGCUUCCCAUCACAGGGACCUCCCGCUUCCUGGUUUCCUGCCAGUGUCUAUUCUCCUCUCUUACGCGCACACACCCCCUGUUCAGGAAGCCUCUACAUACACACCACCCCCCCCCACACACACACACACACACACGGCAUCAGCCUGGACUCUAGAGAAAGGGUGUCCAUGUAUCUGUGUGUAGAUGUGCAUGUGUGUGUGUGCUGGUGUUUGGGUCACACACACACACUUAUGGCACCAGCCUGGACUCUAGAGAAAGGGUGUCCACGUAUCUGCGUGUAGAUGUUCACGUGUGUGUGCUGGUGUUUGGGUCACACACACACACACACACUUAUGGCACCAGCCUGGACUCUAGAGUAAGGGCAUCCAUAUAUCUAUGUGUAGGUGUGCACGUGUGCAUGCUGGUGUUUCACACACACACACACACACACACACAUACAUUGUCUCUCUCUCUCUCUCAUGGCACCAGCCUGGACUCUAGAGAAAGGGUGUCCACGUGUCUGUGUGUAAAUGUGCAUGUGUGUGUGCUGGUGUUUGGGUCACACACACACACGCACACUUAUGCCACCAGCCUGGACUCUAUAGAGUAAGGGCAUCCAUGUAUCUGUGUGUAGAUGUGCACAUGUGUGUGCUGGUGUUUGGGUCACACACACACACACACACACUCACACACUUAUGGCACCAGCCUGGACUCUAGAGUAAGGGCAUCCAUGUAUCUGUGUGUAGAUGUGCACGUGUGCAUGCUGGUGUUUGGGUCACACACACACAUACAUUGUCUCUCUCUCUCUCAUGGCACCAGCCUGGACUCUAGAGAAAGGGUGUCCAGGCAUCUGUGUGUGUGCUGGUGUGUGUGUGUGUGCACAUGUGUGCACAUGUGUGUGUGCUGGUGUUCUGGGCACCUCCUCACCCAACAGCCCAACCUCUCCCCUGUCCUCUCCUUGGCUAGAAGAAGCUAGCCUCCUGGGAGUGUCCUUUUCUGUUGUAACUCUUCCCCCAGCUUCCUCUUCCUGCUCAGGGAGCAUGUCACUGAGUGAGGUGGAAUGAAAUGCAGCUGGGCUGGGAGUCAGCAGCUGGCUUUGUGGGCCUGCAAGGCCCUUCCCCUCUCGGGGCUCCGCUUUUCUCAUCUGUAAGAUGAUCUCGAUUCUAUGCUCUCUAGCCCUGUGGUUGGAUACUGCCCGCAACUGCGACUGUCCUCUCAGCUUCUCCCUUUUCAAGGUGCUAUGCCUACGGCCCCGCAGGCUGGGACACUGCUCCCCCCGACCACCAGGGGGCAGGAGCGCACUACUCGCUCUAGUUGCCAGAGCGGCCGCCCAGCGCCCAAUCAGCGAACCUCCCGGGCCUGGGGACCGGUCUUUCCCGUUCCUGGGGUGGUUUUCAGCUGAUCGCUGGACUUCUAUUUAUCAAUUUCCUGUGUUUAUAUGCCUGCUGCCCCGGUGGAGGCUGGGCAAGGUGCUCCUCUAGCGCUCCCUUCUUACCUCAGAUGCCUGAGCAAAACAAGGCCAGGCAGGAGCAGCUUCUCAGGAGCUGCCAGGCCUGUCGGGGGCUCAGAAGGGUGGUCACACUUCCAGCACGCUGUUCAGGUGAGCUUGUAACCUGCAACCUCCCGUGCUCACCUGCUUCUGAUGCACACACCUAGCACAGUGAAACACUACAGCCAGAUGACCUCUAAUACACGCCCCUUCUCCCCAGGACGGGAGAGGCGAGCAGGGGCAGGCGGCCCAGCUGGGCGAGUCGAGUUUUAGGGUGUAUACAGGCUUGAGCUUAAAUUCAUUUAUUGAUGUGUUGGACACAAUAAAACCACAACUGUUAUCAAAAA